CCAUUGACUGCCACAUUCACACUUCACUUUCCUUUUUUCCCUCUCAUUUCACCACCGCCACUGUAACCGUCGCCGGCGGUAACUUCAACCUUACUCCGGCGAUCUACACUUCCGUUUCCGGCCUCACUGUUACCUUUCUGCCGACGGAGUAUUUUCCAUUUUGCCAUCAAUGGCGCUACAGAGACAACCUAGUGAUCUGAAAAACAGAGUGAAUACUUGUCUCAAUAGAUUAUCUGACCGUGAUACUCUCACCGUUGCUACGAAUGAGCUGGAGUCUAUAGCUAGGAGUCUUAACAGUGAAGGUUUUGGUGCAUUUUUGACUUGUAUUUCGAGUACGGACUCUUCCGAUAAAUCGCCGGUGCGUCGGCAAUGUGUUCGGCUUAUCGGAGUUCUCUCAGCUUCUCACGGAGAUGCUUUAUCACCGCAUCUAACGAAAAUGCUUUCUACUGUACUCCGGCGACUUCGUGACCCUGACUCAGCUGUUCGCUCUGCUUGUGUAGAAGCUGUUUCCUCCAUUGCGUCGGAAAUUACUCAACCGCCGUUUUCGUCUAUUUUGAAGCCGUUAAUCGACGCUAUUAUGCACGAGCAGGAUAAUAAUUCGCAGAUCGGAGCUUCGCUUUGCCUUGCUGCGGCAAUUGAAGCAUCACCUGAUCCUGAGCCGGCGGAGCUGAAGAAAAUGUUGUCGAAGCUCAUGAAAUUGGUGAAGAAUGAUUCCUUUAAAGCCAAACCGGCGUUGCUGUCGCUCAUUAGUAGUAUUGUUAGUGUUGGUGGUGCUUCCAAUAAGAAUGUAUUGAAUAGCUUGGUUCCAAUUACAGCUGAGUUGUUGAGUAGUGAAGAUUGGACUGUGCGGAAGGCUGCGGCGGAGACAUUGGGACGGUUGGCUGUUUCCGAGAAAGAGUUGUUGUCAGAGUUGAAGGCGUUCUGCAUCACGUCAUUGGAUAGCAGAAGAUUCGAUAAGGUGAAGGUUGUGAGAGAGACAAUGAAUCGGGCGUUAGAAUGGUGGAAGGAAGUUCCAGGUGCUUCAGAUGAUGUUUUGCCUCAAUUACAAUCCAAGUUUCCACAGAAAGAUUGUGUUAGCGGUGCCUGUUCUCCAACUCCUUCCAAAAGUUCGAGUGAUACAGCUACGGAAACCCCUCAGCCGAAGAAAGCAAUCCGCUCAACCAAGUCACUUGCAUCCAGUAGUUCUUCCUCGAUCACCUCCCAGAAAAAUAGUUCUAUUAGGUUCCGCCGCACAAAAUCAAAUGUUACGAGCUCCUGUAAGCUGGAUUUUAGAAAAUCCCCUGAUGCAAAAGCAAAGCACACUGUUUCACAGGCUUCUUUGUUGGAGGUAGCUUGUGAAGAACAGAAGAGUCAAAAUCUUAGAGUUCAAGGUUCAGUGGAUUCAGUUAGUUGUAGCAGUUCAAACUCAGAAGUAAAGUCAACUCUAUUCAACAGACCACCGGAUCAGAAGUUCCACAGAUAUGGUAAUUCACAGUUUGGGUCUCGGGUUAUUCCACUCUUUGAGGACAUGGAUGUACCUGAUGACAACAUCAACGAAGAUGCACUCUUGAGUCAUAGAGAGUACGAGAAUUUCUGUUCUGUCAGCAAACAGCUUGUUCAGAUUGAAAAUCAACAGUCCAGUUUGUUAGACCUCCUGCAGGGAUUUAUUGGCAGCUCACGACAUGGAAUGAAUUCCUUAGAGAAACGUGUAAAUGGUUUGGAGAGAUUACUUGAUGAAAUGCAAUAUGAUUUGGCAAUAACAACAGGGAGGAUUUCAGAUACUGAUUUUACAGGAAGUACAUGCGGCAUGAUCCCUCGUGCAGAAUUUUUGGGUCCUAAGUUUUGGAGAAGUCCAGAAGGGCAAAAUUCACAAUCAAGAAUAUCCUUCUCCACUGGGAGCCAGGAUGUAGUGUAUAGUCAGCCAGAAACGGAUGCUGCCAAGCAGAACAAGAAUAUAUCUUCAGCAAAGCAGUUUAGUAUCAAUCAGAAUGAAGCAUUACGUUCUUUCUCCGGUAGAAGAAAAGAGAGAACAGCUCGAGAUGGCGAAACUGCAGGUUUUUGUCAUGUCAGUAGGCUUAACGGAACUUCAUUCACAAAUUGCAUACAGCAGCAAACUUGAGCCUUAGCAGGUUUUGCGUAGUUAGUCUCAAUGCUGAAAUAUUUGGAUAGUCUUUGUCCCAUCUGAAUCUGGGCAGGGAAAACCAUGUACUUGAAAAGUUCAAAGCUGUUUGCUGUGAAGAGAAGUCCAAGGAAUUUAUCAGAGACCAAGACAAAUUUUCAAUAAUUAUACCUGGUCAUUUGGUUAUGUUUAAGGGCCAGUGAGGGCAAGAAAUGGGGGGUCUGUACAGAAGCUCUGAAUGUUGUUAAAUCCUGUUUAUGUUUAUUUAUUCUGCUUUCUGAUUCUAAUAAUCCAAUGAUUGUUCUGUGAAAUGCUAUUCUUCCAAAGGAGGAAAGUGCAAAUAUUAGUCAAAUUGGGGCCCUUUCCUAUUGAUAUCGACGACUAUAGGAUUUGAAAAAUAAUUCUGUUGAUUCACACUAGGACUUGUUUUGUUCCCUGGUUGUCGAC